AUGAUACGCACGUACACCAGUGUUUCUGCUUGUGCCGUGUUAACAUUUCUCGUGGUGUUGUUUGUGGGCGGUCACAUCUUUCUAAGUCAUGCAGGUGCUGGGCUACGAGUAUCACAGCCAAAACAAUCGCCACCAUCUGAGGUUGCACUGGAAGAACGACUUUUGCAAAUGCACAUGGUGAUCCCGGCUUUCAGCCGGGACCAACUUUUGCGCACUUUUGCCAAACGACUUCGACCGGCCAUGGAAGAAUACAGGAACAUUACGGCACACAAUAUGACACGCAUUGGAACCUUUCGUCUCAUUGUCACACGAUACGGAGUGCGAGAAAAACAAAACUCAAGACUACUAAGACAGGAACUCUCAGUUCUGUCGGGAUUAACCAUGAAGCAAGUUGUUUUUGUAUCUCUCAAAAACUCCACCUCCACCUUCAAUAGGGCACAUUCUGUCAAUCUCCUUCUACGAGCAGCCUGCCACGAGGAAAAUUGCAUUGUUUCCCGAAUCGAUGUAGACAUGCAAAUCAAGGCCUCAUUCUUCAUCAAUAGCCAGAACGAAGUGGUCUCGGGGGAAACAAUAUACUUCCCCAUCGUCUGGUCAUCCUAUCACCCAAAGUCUCCCGAAUUGGUGCAAUGGCAUUGGGACAUACAAACAGUGUCCAACAAUCUUCCCCGACAGACCAUGGACGACUAUUCCGAGCACAAGGGACACUGGAGAGAUUACGGGACGGGCAUGUGGGCCAUUGGGGGACCCGAUGCUAAAAUUAUGAGACUCAAUGAAGUCUUUAAAGGUUGGGGAGGUGAAGAUACAGACUUUUAUCAUCGAGUCAAGCAGCAACGCAAAGUCAUUAGGAUGAGAGAAAAGGGGUUGAUUCAUGUAUGGCAUCCUAAAAUGUGUACUCGUGGUGUCACAGUCUUCACCGAUCAACAAGUGGACGAAUGCAACUAUUCCCGAAAGGGAGAAAUUGGAAGUGAACUGGGAAGAGAACUCAUGGUCAAAUGGAAUACACAGCACAUAGAUGAUGAAGAUUCCGGAGCAACACAUAAGAACGACACCCGAAUACAUGCAGUGUGGCGGGCAUAG